AUGAAUAACACUGAGCUACCCGUCGUCCAGACAUAUAAUGACUUAGAAGUUAUCGUUAGUCAAGACUUAAAGACUACUGCACACUGCCGUGCAAUAGCCGCCAAGGGUUUUAGAACGUUAUGGUCAAUACGUAGGGCUUUUAGUCAUGUCGACGCUAAGACGUUUUUGACUUUGUAUACAGUGUUCUCACGUCCUAAAUUUGAGUACUGCAUACAAGCGACCAGCCCCUGCUUUAAAAAAGACAGUAAGCUUCUGGAAAAGGUUCAGAGAACGGCAACUAAGUUGAUUCCCGGAAUAGCGAAGCUUCCGUAUGAAGCUCGAUUGGCCAAGCUGAACCUUUUCCCGUUGUCAUAUCGCAGAACUAGAGGCGACCUGAUUACAGUUUUCAAAUUGCUUAGUGCCAAAUUCGCACCUGAUAUGCCCUCAUUUUUCCUGUCUUCCAAAACAGAGAAUUUACGAGAGCACUCCAAAAAAGUUCACAAGCCAAGAACAAAUUACUUGUCAGCUGACUAUCGACAUUCCCAUAGAAUCAUCAACGAGUGGAAUUCACUACCUCAGCACGUGGUUGAGGCUCCAUCCGUCGACUCUUUCAAAAGAAAGUUGGAUCAACUGAAAGACCACCAUUGCCAGGACUAACAUAGGCCAUCGAGCCUCCUGUCCUUCCCAAACUGAAACUGAAACUGAAGUAUGAAAAGAAAUUAAAGACACAUCUUGCGCUGCACAUAAUUUUUAAUUGAUAACGUUAGCAACAUAAGUAACACCUCUACUCACGAUACGAGACACACUGACCCAAUUUCCCAGUUUUCGGACAAAUUUGACCCCUUUUCGAGAAGCUGCUAUAGAAAAAUGUUUCUACUAAUAGAUCAAUAAAAAAUUCGAAUUCAAAGUCUAAAGACUUUUUAUACACUGCAAAACUAAUAUCAACGUAUUUUAAUAAGGGUAAAACCAAUUUAUUUUGAGAACUUCAAAAGACAACGAACAUGUCAGUAUAACAACUACA